GAUGUCAUCAAAAGUGUAUUCAUGACGCAUGCUGCCAACCGAUACAAGGACGUUAUUCACAGGAUGAGAGAGAAGGACGAAAAACAUACCUCGAUCAGCCAAGAUAUCUGGGAUUCUUGGAAGGCCUUCUGGGCGUCAGAGGACGAGGAGAAAAAUUCUGAUGUAGCUCGCGCUAAUCGGAUGAGCGAGCCUGCUGGAGCCGGUUCCGGACCAGUACGCCAUACAGGAGAAUCCCGUUCCGCCAUCCGACAUAUGGAUGUGUUGGCUGAAGAGCUCGGCCGCAAGCCUACCGCAACGGAGCUGUAUACUCGGAUGCACUCCACGAAAGCUGAUAAGGGUGUCAUGGUAGACAAGAGGGCCCAGGACAUGAGUGAUGCAAUUGCUCAGAGACUUGCUGCUGCAUCGCAGCCGCCGACCGGAGAUGGUGGUUCUUCUAGCACAGCGGAAGUCGACGAGACCUAGCUAUUUCUAGAUAUCGAGGGCGUCAACAAGAAGCGGCGUGUCUACGGGUUGGGUUCAGCGACUAGUGCGUACGUGGAUACGACGACGUCUAGUAGGGCGAGGACCAGGUCCACAC